AUGCCCUUCAUCGUCCUCAUCCCAUAUCGCAUUGCCGUUCCGUCUCCUGAAGGCGUAUACGAGUGUCAGUAUGAGCCCCAGAAGUUGACAGUACCCAGUCUCGCAUACCCACAACCUCAAAUGCCACCCCUACACUCGCUAUUCCCCCGUCAAGCAGAGAGGCCAUCGUUCAGUCCCGAUACCUUGGCCGGCUACAACCUGAGCGACAAGUCCACCCAGAAGCCGACGAUAUGGCAGGUCAACCUGGUUUUGAUCGUGCUAGUGGGUGCGGUUGUAUCUCUCCGCAUCGUCUGCCGGGCUUACAUCACACGCCGACUGUUUGUCGAUGACUAUCUCAUCAUCUUGGCCGGCCUGUUCACGCUGGUCUCGGCGUCCAUGGCCCUGGCGGCCACACGGUACGGGCUGGGUGAACAUAUCUGGAACUUGCCAUUGCCGGUGGACAACAUGUUGGAGAUGUUGACACAAUGUGUGAAGCACAUGUACGUCGCCCACGUAUUCUACUCGGCAGCCGGGGCUUUCACCAAACUAUCCAUCUUGACGUCGUACUUGAGGAUCUUUUCUGCCAAAGCUCUGAGGUGGAUUCUGUACGGCACAGCCAUCGUGGUGACAGCCAUGGGGGUGUGCGCCGUCUUGGCAACCAUCUUUCAGUGCAGUCCGGUGAAGGCGGCGUGGGAUUACACGAUUGCUGAUAGCAAGUGUUUUCCGUUUGUGGACUUUUUGUAUGCGAACGCGGGGGUCAAUAUCGCCAUUGACUUUGUGUUGGUGGCAGCGCCGUUGCCGUAUUUUUGGAGUUUGAACAUUCCCUUGAGGCAGAGGCUGAUGAUUUGUGUCUUGUUUGGGGUUGGCUUUAUUGGCUUUGCUGCCAGCAUCAUCCGCAUCGUCUCACUGAGUGAUGUCAAGGGUAUUGACGUGACUUACUACCUCGUCUCUCCUCUCAACUGGACCAUCAUCGAGUGCUCACUCGGCAUCAUCUGUGUAUCCGUUCCGCCUAUGCGUCCUCUCCUGGCAAAACUCGCACCGCCUUGCUUCAGCAGCUACAUCUCUGAGGGUGAUCAAGCAUCAAAGGUGUAUCCAGGGUCCCAACAACGGACUCAGCAAGGUGACGUUCAUGGGGUAAUGGGAAUGCAGUUGGAAGAGAUCGAGAUGGCGGCGAAGAGAGAAAGGGAAAUGCAGAGUUCGACGGGGGAGUUGUUGGCGUCUGUUGAUGGGCCUGGUACGCCCAAGUCUGUUCAAAGAUGUUCUGUAUAG